CGGUAGCGCCUCCCUCCGGCUGGGCGGGAGAGGGCCUGCCGGGCUUUGUGCGACCGCCGGGCCGGGCCGGAGGGGCGCACCGUCCGACACCCCCUCCCCCCCCCCCCGCUUCAGGGCACGGGCGAGGGGGCUCCCCCGCCCUCUGGCCCAGCUUCGCGUCCUCCGUCCCCAGCCCGGGAGGCGGGACAGUGGUUGUGUGGGGAGGGGGGGGGGUCUCCUUCCUUCCUUCCUUCCUUCCUUCCCGACCAGCCCAGGCCCCCAGCAGCAGCAGCAGCAGCAGCAGCAGGAGGCGGAGGGGUCGCGGGCGAGGAGGGCCCGUCUGAAUGUUGCCCUCAGGCAGGCGUUCCGGCGACCUUUCUCAACGCUUCGGCGCCGAGGAGGCUUCAGGAAGUUCUGCAGCGAUUCCCCCUCUCUGGUGUGUCCCAUCUCAAAAAGACUCAACCUCCACCCCGUCACAUAAAUAUGUUAAGCAGUUUUAAACCAAGUUAGAAUGCUGCUCCACCUGGAUCAGAGCUGUGCAUUUUGAGCAGGCAGAGAGAAAGGCCUCCUUGGUUCCCUGCUGCCUGUCUUCCUUUUCCUCAGAGGCAUCAGAGGCUGGGCCUAGGGCCUUUUGCAGGCAUAGGCAGCUCUUGCCAAAUCAACCACAGCUCUUCCAGUACCUCCAAUUUCACACUCAGUCGAUUUAUGUUCUUCAAACACACAGAUAUACAUAUCUUGAAGCAGUUUCAAUCAAGACUGGAAUGGUUAGUUGUACUAACCAGUACAGGUUAAAUCAGUGGUUCUCAGCCUGGGGGUCGGGACCCCUUUGGGCUCUCUGCAUCAGUGUUCUCUAUCUGUAAAAUGGAUAAAUGUUAGGGUUGGGGGUCACCACAACAUGAGGAACUGUAUUAAAAGGUUGUGGCAUUAGGAAGGUUGAGAACCAUGGGGUUAAAUGUACUCAUUGAAUGUGUGUUUUGAGUGCCGUCAAGUCACUUUAAAUAAUGUCCCAAAAACUGCAGGAAGUUUUGGAGUGAGUCCCGCUGAGAACCUCUGAUCUAGCACACACUGAGUCGAGUGCUGAUGGGAAGGGAGGGGGUGAAGCAGGAUUGUCAACUGCAUGUUGGGAAUUUUCUGGAGAUUUGGGGGUGGAGUUUGGGGAGGGGAGGGGAGAGGGGCCCUGGAGUCCACCCUCCAAAGCAACCAUUUUUCUCCCGGGACUUAUCCUGUAGGCCCGACUCUGGACUCAGGUGUAAUUCAGGAAAUCACUGUGCCCCACGGAGGCUGGAAACCCUCGGGCAAAGGCAGAUCCCCAACCUGGGAAGGCCCAUCAGAAAAGACCCUGGUUCUGUUUGGUGCACAGGGGUUUGCCCUCAGGUGCCAUCGCUCCAGCCUGGGGGUGUCAGACUUGCAGCCCAUGAGCCAGUUGAGGCAAUCCCCAGGGGCCUAGUAAGUCCUCUCAAGGAAUUCUGAUCUGGGCUGGCAAGCAUGCUGUGAGGUCACUAGCUGAGGCAGCCCCCUCCUCAAUGCUGAUCUGGGCUGGCGAGUCUGCUGAGGGGCCACUAGUCAAGGCAACCAUCCCUCCCACCCAGGCCUGGACAGGCCAAGUCACAUUUAUGUCACACCCAGCCCUCAUAACAAAUGAGUUGGGCCCUCUGCUCUAGCCCAUCAAUCCCCGAAAAGAGAAACAGAGUGAAGGUCAUGUCUGGGAAGAUGUCCGUGGGAGCUGGCCAGGGAAGCACGAGGCCCCUUGAGGGGCCUGGAAGAGCCGAAGAGGCCUCCACUCGAGUGAUCACCAUGGUCUUCAUCACACUCCUCAUCGAUCUACUGGGCUUCACGCUCAUCUUGCCUCUCUUGCCUUCCAUUCUUGAUCAUUACAGCAAGAAAGACGAUGGCUUGUACAUCAUCUUGCAACAUGGAGUGGACAGGUUUGCUGAAGUGGUUGGUGUUCCUCCAGAAAGGAAGUACAAUAGCGUCUUAUUUGGAGGUCUGAUUGGCUCCCUAUUCUCCAUCCUUCAGUUUUUUGCCUCUCCCCUCACUGGGGCUGCUUCUGACUGCUUUGGAAGAAGGCCACUCAUGCUGCUGACUGCGGUGGGUCUUAUAGCAUCCUAUUCCUUGUGGGCCGUGUCCAGAAGCUUUGAGCUCUUUCUCCUCUCCAGAGUCAUUGGUGGAAUAAGCAAAGGGAAUGUCAGCCUCUCUACAGCUAUCAUUGCUGAUCUGACUUGUCCUAAAGCACGAAGCAAGGGCAUGGCAAUGAUUGGUGUGGCCUUCUCCUUGGGCUUCAUUCUGGGCCCCAUGCUCGGCGCAUACCUUGCCAUGGAGACAGAGAAGGGGGAGAUCUUCUAUCUUCAGUCAGCUCUCUUUGCUGUCAUGUUUGCAGUUGCAGAUCUGGUUUUCAUUUUCUUCUUGUUACCAGAGACACUCCCAAAAGAAAAACGGGUGUCCUCUGUGACGUCUGGUUUUCAGUCAGUCGCCGGCCUGCUCAGUCCCUGGGCCUUGUUCCAGUUCUCUGCAGUAAGCCAAAGAAUGGAUCCCCCUUCAAAAAAGAAUCUGAAGGUGCUUGGGCUGGUGUAUUUCCUUUAUCUCUUCCUGUUCUCUGGUCUGGAAUACACUCUGAGUUUUCUUGUCCAUCAACACUUCCAGUUCAGCAGCAUGCAGCAAGGGAAGAUGUUUUUCUUAAUUGGAAUUACAAUGGCUGUGAUCCAGGGUGGCUACACUCGCCAAAUCAAACCAGGACAUGAACUCAAGACUGUAAAAGGGGCAAUUCUGUUGUCAAUUCCUGCUUUCCUGUUGAUUGGCUGGAGCACGGGCACGAUCUCCUUGAGUGCAGGAUUGCUGCUCUACUCCUUUGCUGCUGCAGCCGUGGUUCCUUGUUUGUCUGCGGUGGUCUCGGGCUACGGAUCAGCAAGCCAGAAAGGAGCAGUGAUGGGCAUCUUAAGGAGUCUGGGGGCCCUUGCCAGAGCCAUGGGGCCAGUGCUGUCAGCAGCAGUAUACUGGCUGGCAGGAGCCAAAGUCUGUUUCACCAUCUGUGGCUCUUUCUUCUUGAUUCCCCUCUUCUUGCUUGGAUGCAUUCAGAAGCAAACAAAAGAAGAAUAAGCAACCGUGACAUUUCCCCAAGAAGGCAGCUGUGGCAAGCCAAGAAACCAGUUUCUGGAGCAUCCUCUGGUGUUAUGGCUAACUCCAGUCUCAACACAGCUGCUCCUCAGGAUCCUGUCCUGGCUUUGUGCUGACCAACACUGGGGAGUUCAGUGCUACUGAUGUAUUUUUGGCUGUGCUGAGUGGAGAAAUCCUGGAACAGAAAUCUCAAUUGCUGCCUUUGAGCAACCGACACCACUUGUCACAAAAGCUGCUGGAUAUCUUGCCAACUUACCACGGCCUGGCAAAGCAGCAAAAAAACAGUGAUGCAGCAAAGCUUCAUGGGGACAAGGGAAAAAUUAAUCAGUGGAAAAUUAUUCAGUGGAAUUAUUCUUGGCCCUGCCUUUGUCUGCAAGAGCGACUGCGGUGCUGUGGCAUUAGAUUUUCCAAAGAGCAUCCGCUCUCACUUUGGGCUGACCCAAGAGGUAAAACAGUGUUUUCCUAGCACAGAUCAGCCAAGGAUAGGGAUUAUUGGACACACAGCAGAUACUGAGAACGAGAACUUGAGCAUGUUGGUAAAGGGGUUGCAGUUGCCUUAAACCAAAGACUUGGAUAGUUUGCCAAAGAUCUGUGCUCCACAAUUGGCCCUGAGAGGUGGCUUUCAUGCUUGUGGUAUUCUCUGCCUUUGGGUGUAAGAGAAUUGCCAUUAGCAGCCGUGGGCACUGCAACUUGUUCCAUUUUUCUGACUCUGUGUAAAGCAAGAUACAUUUGGCACUCAGACAAUCUUGCCUACUUUAUCAGCAUUAAAAUUAGAGCAAGUUCAGCCUCCUUGGGUGUGUGAUUUCACACUGCCAGUGUAUUUCCCAAAUACAAAUGAGGCUUCUUAGGCAUCUCUUGUGCCUCCAGGGCUCCUCUGCCUCAUUCUGGGGCCAAAGCAAGACUCCCUCCCUCCCCCCCCUCCCACUUUUGUGUAGUGUCUGAACUUGCCUUUGUCAGUGGCCAGCUGUUCCAUCCAGCAGUUCAGUUGGUUAGCCUGGCAAUUCAUGGCUAAGCAUCUUUCAGUACUCCAAUUUGGUAUUUAUUGCUGUAGCAUUUCAACAACAUUUCCCCUGAGAUGUAUUAUGUUACAGAGCCAGUGUGGCGUAGUGGUUUCAAGAGCACCAGACUAGUAUUGUUACCACAGCGAGGGCAGCAAUAAAACUGAAGCCACAAACUAUAAAUUGAAAAUAAAAUAAAGUUUUAAUGUGGUCAAACAGAGUUUUGUUCGGAAGGGAGUGAAGUCAGCAGACCGAGCACCAGGCAAGACACACGGAACACAGAGAAAUGUGGCCAAGCCUGGCAAAGCACACUGAACACAGAAAAUACAGACUUCUUAUAAUAACUGUAUAGGUUACAUCAUAGACUGAAUUAUACAAUAAUAAUACAGGGCCAUCAAUGUCCGUUAAGGUUCUUCCUCUGAGAUAUCUGGGUCUUAUCUUCUGUCAGGAAACACCUCCGGAUAGUUGUCUGCGUGAUAACGCAGAUGUUUGCCCGCUGGCUCUUAUGCAUAUUCACCUUGACAUUCCGCCUUGCCAUUCUGCCCUGUACCUGGCUGCUAAUGGUUUAUUCCAAAACUGCUGAUUUUUGGAAGAGACUUUUAGUAGGGCUGGGCAGUUUAACUAUUCCUUUGGCUUUCCCCAUACUAAGAGGAAAUUGUUUUAACAUAAAUUCUGCCAUCAGCUGCUGGCUUUUCCUGGGUGUGUGUGACAAUUACUUGGGGCUAUGUAAAAAUACAAAAGGGGGUUGCCUGAUUCAUUAACUGUCUGCAUCCUGUUCCUCUGGGUCCACCUUUAGCAUAAUCUAAUCUUUUGUUUCAGCAGCUUGCAAUUUAGAUUUUACAGCAGGAAGAAAACCUUUUAUAGAAAACCAGAAUAAAACUUAAAUUCUACUAACAUUAUAUGUGUAUCAAAACUAUAUUAAAAACAGAAUGAUCAUUA